GUGCGAACUGACACCUUCCUUUCAGCUCAAACCAAUUGACAUCGACCUCAUCCGUCAACGAGCUAUGAACGUGAACACUCUUCCAUUCAUGUUGUGGUAUGCUUCACUAUCCUUGCCUUUGCUGACUUCUCUCACAGGCACUGAUCUUCAUCACCUAUUCGCAGUGCGACAUCGAACGCUCAACACCAGGACACACCGACAAGCUACACCCAGAAUUCAUACCGUUCAUCGCCCCCUUCACCUUUCGCAAACACUAUCACUAAUUGCACCCUCUAGCACUAAUCCUAAAUGCACCAACAUUUUUUCUAUACCAAAUCACAUCAAACUGUACUUUCCAGCACUCCCGCAACUUCCCAGUCAUCCAACAGUCAUUAGACUGGUUUAAUUCCACUACUUGCUAGGUCUUGAGAGAUGUUUUAUUACUUUAGCUACCACCAACCAACUAUUUUUGCCAGUUUUUGCUGUUCUCUCGUGAUUCCAAUUCUUUCUCCUCUCCAAAUUAACAUCAUUUAAUUUACUUCACUAAGGCAGCAAAGCCCUCCUCUGGCGACUCGC